UACGCUGCGCCGUCUUCUCUGCUGACGUCGACAGCGGCACAGUGCUUUUAGCACAAAAAAAUACACAAAAGCUUUUUGCCUUUUGACAUGUCAUCAUUUAACUAGCUGAUUUUUAUGUUCGAAGCUUUUAGAACUAAGUAAUAUUUAGGUCACCUGGAUACGGCAAUCAGGAAAAGGUUCUGAAAAACAAUUAAACGACGGUUAAAGUAAGGAAAAUUUAUAAAAUUGACAGCUGCCUUUUUGUUAAGCUUACCUGAUUGGUCAUAUGUGGACUAGGGACACUUGAGGUAGCAAGUACGGGAUCAUAAAAUUUGGACAGGGUCUAUAUUUUACCUGAGCCUGCUAUAUAAACCAUCACCAGAGCGCAUCAAAGCCACAGUUACAAACUGAAACGUAUAACGACAACGAUCAGAAAAAGAGUGGUUUUAAAAUGGUCCGAAGCAAUUCUAUUCCAAACUACGUUUACAAGCAAAACGAGAUGGUUGUAAACACCGCAGCCAUGAAAAAUGAGGAUCUCAGCAAGCUAGUCCAGCUGAACACGGAAAUCGAGCAGCGGCGUCGAUCUUACAGGCACGGAGAUGUUAGCAACGCCUUUGGCCUGCUUCAAGCUACAAUGACCCGGGAAGAGCUCUUUGAGACUUUCUCGCUAGACGACGAUCGCUUUCUGACAGCCAUAAAACACCAAAAUUCGUUACUAACACCGCGUCGAAUUCAAGUCACCGACCUGGACUUGUCCAAUAGCGAGAAUCUGAUGAAGUACUUUGACGAGGAAGUACCUGUGACGCCCACCAAGAUAAUUGCGGGGGUCAUGGCGACCGCCCCAACAGGAAAAGUGGCUAGCGUCAUUGCUAAGAUGUCUAUCCAGCCGGACACUCCAUCUAAACAAAGCGAAGGUAGUGGCCACUUGAAGAUCAGUGAACUCAAGCAGAAGUACGAACAGCAGCUAGAGAUUGAUUCCCCAUGUUUCUGUGGACCUAGAAAGACUUCGACCUCUCUGCCCAUGAAAGUGAAGGCGAUGGCUCAGAUGUUCAACUCAAAGAUCAGCCAGGUGAUGCGCAAUACGGAGCCGCAUUACGUUCAGCUGUGUAAUGAGCAAUCGCAGGAGGCCAAGUCCCAGGACCAUCUUGGGUCGGAGUCUCAGGCCCAAGGACAGUGCUUGGUGGCCGAGGAAGUAUUCCGCGAGUUAAGUGUCAAGGAUAAGGCGCUUUUGUUUAACAAGUUUAUUGGGGACAUGGCAGCGAAGCAUCCCAAGUUCAACGCACACGCUGCAGAUAUCAAGGCAAAGGUAAAUAAACAGGUGGCCCGCGGCGAGGUGGUGGCGGAAUACCAAGCUAGCGUCAAGCAACUGGCUCAGGAACUGGAGGCAAAGUGUAUCCUGGAGCCGAGAGCGAGGCCAGGAAAGAUCUCUUCUACUAAGACGUCGGACAACAAAAUGGAGCCAUGUACUUCUAAGCUCCAUGUAAGCACACUGACUGUGACCCUAAAGCCCAGUACAGAGAGCAGGGCACCGCAGACAUUGAUUAAUCGUGACCUGGAGUGCCAAAGCGGAGAACUUAAAGUCCCAAAAACCAAAAAACGAAACCUUUCCGCGAUACGCACCGCCCUGCAAACGGAAGCCUAUGCGCCGCCCAAAAAGAUUCGCCGCACUCGACAGGAGCGCAACGCAUGCGACAACCAAAUGUUUUUUCAGAACGAGCAGAUCGAGACUCUUUUCUAUAAUUGGCUCAGCACAGAGAAUGGCGUGCAAUUCGACAUUACUAGUGUAUCAAACGGUCUGCAGACAAUUGAGAUAGUCAGCGAAAAGGAGCAGCCGAUUCCCAAGCAGAAAACUGUUGCGUUGGAAGAUUUAAGCCAAAAGCCCGCUGUCGAGUGGCUCAUGGAGGAGGCUAUAGCCAAACUGGAACUGGAGACAGAGGUAAGGAUGGAAUCGCAUGACGAGGCAAAGCAGGUGGAUACGGCUCAGGCUCAGGUCGUCAAAGUAACUCCAUGGCGUAUCAAGCGCCAGGCUCCGCCAGUGCCUUCCUGCCAUACUUAUUCCAGUGCCUCCAGCUGCAAGCCAUCCGAAGCUGAAGAGAGUGAAUCCGGGUUGUCUACUCUGACCAAGAUUACCAGCGACGAAUCUCAGCCCGAGACGCCCAAAGAAGAAUUUCAACUAAAUGACUUUAAUUUUGCUAAGCCCCAGCGCCCACCGCGUAAGAAGAAGAUGCGACGAACUCUGACUUGGAAGAAGGAGAAUUCCAUAGUCGAGGCCACCGCGAUCACCUCAACAGACUCCGAUUCGGAUUACAAACCAGCAGAUACUGCACCAGCCAAGAAAAAAGCUGGACCGAGCUGGGGCUUCCCACUUCCUGAACAAGGUUUUAUGGAGUUGGACAAGUCCUUGAUGCGCCACGUAAACUCGCCGCGUAAAAUCAAGUCAGCGUAUACCCUAACCGUUAUUUCUUCACCCUCGCGAAAUGCGGAUAGUGAUCAGUCUCCUGCUCAGACCCCAAGGCAAUCCCUGGAACAGACCAUGCGUGACAGUUUCGUAGAUCAGGGCUUCGAGACGUGCUCUAAUGAGCCCAUGGACAAUAGUCCGAUGCGCCAAUCGGUAGGCAUUUCAGACUCAAAGCCCUCCGGUUUUUCUACACCCGUAAAAGGUCGCAUUGCUUACAGUUCAGCGCAACAGCAACUGUUUAGCCCCAUACUCUCCCAAGAGCGUCCUCGACGCAGUUCUCUGGCCAUGCAGGUGAUUCGCGAAGAUCACCCAUUGGACCUUCAUGCCACCUGUAGUUCGCCGUCCUUAACUGAAAGUGACCGUGAUUUCCUUGCCAAUGCCCAGGCAGUCGAGAAUAACAGCACACAGGAUGAGAUUCCAGCCAGCCAUCCUCAGUCAUUGUUCUGGGUCACAUCAGGGGACUUUACCGUCUCUUUGGAAAUCUUCAAGAACAGCCCAGAGCGCCUUCAAAUGCUUUACGAGAGAUUCACCCAAAAAAGUUGGGAGAAUCGGGAUCUGGCUUUUGGAAUCGACGGUCACCAGUUCACCCGCGGGGGUGCAAGCUUGGAGGCGACAGGCCGACAGACGCUGCCCGAGCGCCCGUUUAGUGUAAAGGACUGCUCCCACUACUGGUUUGCCAGCGGAGACCUUGCUGUGCCCUUCAGCGGAAAACGUAUGUCUGGCGAGAAGAUUGAGCGGCUUUUCGCAUUCCUCAGCGGAGAGCAAUCUGAGUUACGUUUCGGCGUGGACCACAUUGAGUUUAGUAGCGGGCCAGAGUUCUGGCCCACCGCCCAGAAGUACUCCAUUGAGAGUAGCUACAGCAUGCUGGUGGGACUGCAGACGGGCGCCAGCAAUGGCCUUGAAGGGCGCAGCAAGUACUCCUGGCCCAACAAUAGCAGCCACGCCAACAAGGCGAUCAAGACUAGUGACUUGGAUCGGACGGAAUUUGAGACUGACAGUUUCGGCAACAAUAUCGAAAGGAUGUCUUUUUCACCAGACUUGUUUUCCCUCGACUACGACACAGUUCCACUUGAUGAGUUGUUCGCCACAGCCCCUGUAUUUGCCGCACCAUCCGUGAUGUCCAUGCCGCAGAUGGUGCAAACCCUGAAACAGCAGCAAGGCAAACUUUGCAGCGUGGAGCGGCGCAUCCGCUCCUACUCUAAGCCCUCUAAUUUGGCGGAUACUUCUUUGGAGCACUGCCAAAAUACGCCACAGUACGUUCACAAGCUACACUCUAUUAUACGGGCCAUAGAUAACAUUGGCCGAGAUGACGGUUUCCGUGGCUGCUCGAUGGAGCAGCUCGAGAGUUUCAUGUAUUUUCUCUGCGAGUAUGCGAAUGUAUGCCUAGCCAAAUGCAGCGAGCAUAUGGACAGGAUAAUGGACACACUGCUAGGCCGAAGGGCCGUGGAGGUAUAGGCAAUGCUACUUUCACAUCACGUUUUCAAAUUAGUUUAUACAAAUCACCAUUUAAUGUUACUACUAUUAUAAAAAAUAAA